AUGGUUUUGAGUCCUGCUUUCUGGAAUCAUAUUGUUUAUGCUCUUAAGGUUUCUAGUCCUCUUGUUCAUGUGCUUCAAUUGGUUUAUAAUGAAAAAAAAAGUCAGCAAUGGGAUAUAUUUAUGAAGCCAUGGAUAGGGCUAAAGAAGCCAUUGCCAACUCACUUAAUGGCAAUGAAGAGAAAUACAAGAGCAUUUUUGAGAAUGUUGAUGCGAAAUGGUCACUUCAAUUGCAUCGUCCCUUUGCAUGGUACUGAAUACUUUUUGAAUCAUGAAUUUUUUUAUCCAAAUAAGAUGAGAAUUGAGUCUAAUGAAGAGGUCAAUACAGGAUUGCUUUCAUGCAUUCAUAAAAUAGAAAAAGAUUCAGUAAAAGUUGACAUGAUUCUUGAUGAAAUUGAGAGAUACAAGGCAACUACGGGGACCUUUGGUUUUCCUUCCGCUGUUAGAGGAAGAACAACCAAAUCUCCAGCUGCUUGGUGGAAAACAUAUAGUUCUUCAACUCUAAACAUACAAAAGUUUGUUGUAAAGGUUAUGAGUCUCACAUAUAGUGCAAGUGGUUGUGAGAGAAAUUAG